UCCUGCAGCUCGCGCUCACUCGCGGAUUCAGGAGAGAGGGGACGGGAAACGGGGGUGCGCGCGCAAGGACCGAAAGGAGAAAAAAAAUACGAACGGGAGCGGAGCACCGUGAUGUACUUGGGGUGCUCGUGAGCCCGAAAAAGACUGCAUUGGGGGGGCUAAACAGCAUUUGCUUUCCGAGGGUACGCGCAAAUAUCGCGGUACCGUGAGGUCGAAGCAAGGAGAUUAUCCCAGAGAAGCGCGAGCGAGGGGCUGGAAACGGAGCACCAAUCCCGGAUGGCUAGGCGCGGCUGCUCGCGCUCUCUCCCACCCUGACCUGGGAGAGACACACUAGGAUCGUGGGGAAGCUCCAGGGCUUCACGUGAACCCAACUGGAGCCUGUUAACCCGCAUUCCCUCUCACGGUCGUUUUAUAUCUCGGCCUGUUUCCGCCGAAACGGGAAUCUUGACUGGCGCACGGGACCGACCAUAAACAAACAAGGCAGCCGCUCGGGUGGGAGAGUGUUCAGCAAGCGACCUCUGAAGGGUGUGAGUCUGCGUUGUUACUGCGUUUUUCAGCCCAUUUGGGAUACAUCAGCUGUACUGUUAGCGUGUGUGUGUCUGUGCGUGCGUGGAUAAUACAGUGUUCAGAUAUGGUUGUAUUAGACUGAGAGUCCAAGGAGCCAGCGGCAUUAUGGGAUGUAGCAGGACUGUGCAGUGACCCCGCUCAUUGGAAGGAAACAGUCUGUGUACAGGAGCAGGAACAGGCAGACUAGCCUAAAUACACAGACACACACCCUUAUCCUUGUAUAUACACACACGCAUCCCAGGAGCCAUGCCUGUGUUCAGUGGCCUGUUGAAGGUGCGAGUGUGUGAGGCAGUGGACCUGAAGCCCACCCCGUGGGCCCUGCGUCACGCUGUGGGGAAGAGCGGCUCCUUCCUGCUUGACCCCUACCUGGCCCUGAAUCUGGACCAGACACGGCUUGGCCAGACAGUCACCAGGACCAAGACCAACAGCCCCGCCUGGCACCAGGAGUUCUGCACUGAGGUCCGUGAGGGACGGAGCCUGGAGCUGUCUGUUUUCCACGAUGCACCCAUCGGAUAUGAUGACUUUGUGGCCAACUGCACCAUCCAGCUGGAGGACCUGCUGCAGAACGGAACCAGGCACUAUGAAGACUGGAUUGACUUGGAGCCGGAGGGGAAGGUGUACGUGGUAAUUGAUCUGUCCGGAUCUUCCACUGAGGCCUCGGGAACCAAUGAGAAUGAGGAGCGAGUGUUUCGAGAGAGGAUCGGUCCUCGCCGGAGACAGGGUGCUGUCCGACGACGCGUCCAUCAAGUCAAUGGACACAAGUUCAUGGCCACCUACCUGAGACAACCAACCUACUGCUCACAUUGCAGAGAUUUUAUCUGGGGUGUGCUGGGGAAGCAGGGAUACCAGUGUCAAGUGUGUACCUGUGUCGUCCACAAGCGCUGCCAUGAGCUCAUCAUCACCAAGUGUGCCGGGAUGAAGAAGCAGGAGGACACACCUGAGGAGGUGGGUUCACAGCGGUUCAGUGUUAACAUGCCCCAUAAGUUCAGUAUUCACAACUACAAGGUCCCCACCUUCUGUGACCACUGUGGCUCCCUGCUGUGGGGCCUCAUGAGGCAGGGCCUGCAAUGCAAAGUGUGUAAGAUGAAUGUGCACAGACGGUGUGAGACCAAUGUAGCUCCUAACUGUGGUGUGGACGCCCGAGGAAUCGCUAAGGUCCUGUCUGACCUGGGAGUCACGCCCGACAAGAUCUCCAACACCGCACAGCGUAGGAGGAAGUUGACUCCAGGGCAGGACCCUCCCCAGUCUCCUCCUGAGCUCUCUCAGACUGAGGACAACAGCUUCAGCCAGCCAGCUGUCCCCACCUCCCCCUCACAGCAGGACUUGGCAGGGUUAGAUCGCCUGCAGGACGCGCUGUCACUCGACCAGCAGGGAACCCAACACACCUCCUCCUCUUCCUCCUCCUCCACCACCUCCUCUUCCUCCUCGUCCUCCUCCUCGGCAGGCAGGGAGAACGGACAGAUCCAAAGGAGGACCCUCAAGGACUUCAACUUUAUCAAGGUUCUCGGAAAAGGCAGCUUUGGCAAGGUGAUGCUGGCGGAGCUGAAGGGGACAGAGGAGGUUUACGCCGUCAAAGUUUUGAAGAAGGACGUGAUCCUGCAGGACGAUGACGUGGACUGCACUAUGACCGAGAAGCGCAUACUGGCCCUCGCCCGCCGACACCCCUACCUCACCCAGCUCUACUGCUGCUUCCAGACACGAGACCGUUUGUUUUUUGUAAUGGAAUAUGUGAACGGAGGAGACCUGAUGUUCCAGAUUCAGCGAUCCAGAAAGUUUGAUGAGCCUCGCUCUCGUUUCUAUGCUGCCGAAGUCACCUCAGCCCUCAUGUUCCUGCACCGUAAUGGGGUCAUCUACAGGGAUCUGAAGCUGGAUAACAUCCUGUUGGAUGCAGAGGGACACUGUAAGCUGGCAGACUUCGGCAUGUGCAAAGAGGGCAUUAUGAAUGGAGUCACCACCACCACCUUCUGUGGCACGCCCGACUACAUCGCCCCUGAGAUCCUGCAGGAGCUGGAGUAUGGAGCCUCUGUGGACUGGUGGGCCCUGGGGGUGCUGAUGUAUGAGAUGAUGGCCGGACAGCCUCCGUUCGAAGCCGAUAAUGAAGACGACUUGUUCGAGUCAAUUCUCCAUGAUGACGUCCUCUACCCUGUGUGGCUCAGCAAAGAAGCUGUUUCUAUCCUCAGAGCGUUCAUGACCAAGAACCCGGCCAAGCGUCUGGGGUGCGUGGUGAGCCAGGGCUGUGAGGAGGCCAUCAAGACCCAUGCCUUCUUCAGAGAGAUCGACUGGGUCCUGCUGGAGCAGAGAAAAGUCAAACCACCCUUUAAACCCCGGAUUAAGACCAAGCGAGAUGUGAAUAACUUUGACCAGGACUUCACCAAGGAGGACCCCGUGUUGACGCCCACAGAUGAGGCCAUCAUCCGACAGAUCAACCAGGAGGAGUUCAAAGACUUCUCCUACUGCGCACCUGAGGAGACGCAGACCUAACACACACACUGAUCCAACAACACUAAACCUGGCACUCACGUAGGCACACAUUGCUGACACAUACAUGUGUAGAACCAUAAAUCCCUUUACAAAACACACACAGUCACUCCUUUACUUUGAAGAUAUUGGUUGUUGUUACUUUUGGAAUAUUCUUUACAUGCAUUGUGUUGUUCUUGUUGCCUGGGUUUCUUAUGAAUAUAAAUAUGACUAUGAAUAUACACACCUGCACAUGCUCUACAACACACAUUCCCACGUGCAUACUUUUAAGGCAGAUUUACACUCAAACACACACUACAAUCCCCAGUUUUACUAACACAAAUACGCUAUCAUACAUCUACAAGCUCACUGCACAUACUCCGACAAACAAACACACACAUACACAUACACACACUUACACUGCUUCUCUCCCCAGCACCAUUACACAUGUGGACUGUACAGUAGGUGCUGGGUGCAGAGGCCUGUAUAUAGCCUGUGUUGAGUGGCUGUAUUGUGUUGGUAUCGUCUGCUAGUAAAGGAGCGUUGUGGCGCAUGGACAAGCACCCUACCUGUGUUAUUACUGUCCUUAUUGUGGACCAGUUAUGGCCAAAUACCCUUUGUGCAAUACCCUGACCCUGAUAUCUAUAUAUUUUAUGGUUUUGUUUGUUCAUGUGUUAUUUUUGUCUUUUUUCUCCUCAAAUGUGUUUUUUUUUGUUGGAUUGUGGUUUGAUUGAAAUCUUUGCUCUCAUCGUUUGACACUCACUCCAUUUCCUCCUGUCUUGUGUGCAUAAAGUGAAUGUUGAGCUUACAAGUUACAGGCUAUUGAACUAAUUAUGUGGAGCAGAAUGUUACAGGCGGCCUGUGUAGCAGUUAAAAGCCCGAUUUCCAGCUAUUUCAUCCCAUCUGCUAGUUUCCGUGUCCGAGUCUGUCCUGCCGGCGUGAAUGUGGUGGCCUGUGGGCGUUUUUUUGUCGUGAAUGUACGUUUUUGUAUGUGUGAAUGCAUGAUUUUUUUCCCUCCCGGUCAGUGUGUGACUUUUUGUCUUCAGCAUUUCUGUUUCUAUAGUUACCAUCAGUGUUUUCAGCCUCCCCCCUUUCCUUCCCCUCUCCUCCAAAGCACCAAUUCCCCUUUCCUGCCUCCAGCAGCCAUCUCACUCAGCCAAAACCACUUGCUUUUCUGACUUUGGCUUUUUUCAAGAAUGGUUUUUCUUUCUUAUUGCUCUCUUUCUUUUUUAUUAUAAUUAUUAUUAUUAUUGUAAAGUGUAUCUGGAAGAAACUUUUAUGUAAAAUACUAUAACUAUACUAUCAUAGGUCUGUUACAGCCGGGGGCGAAAAGAAAUGUGGAAAACCAGCAGCUGAAUACCUCUUAUUUCAAACACACACACACACAAACAAAACACCACAUACAGACUCUCUUCUUUGCCUCCCCCCUCUUCUUCUCACUCUCUUUCCUACAGACACACACACAUGCACACACAGAGAAGGACUGUUGUCGCGUGUACUGUACAGUGAUCUGAAGGCGAGCUGGUUGCUCUGUGUGCAGUAGAGUCGGUGUGUAGUGAAGCUUUGUGCACCCAGGGGUAGGGCUGUUCCUGGUCACACUAUCUUACUCUGUGCCAAAAUGUAGUGCAACAGCCGGGCUAGUCCUGUCUGGUCUGAUUCCAAUAAAACACUAAGCUGUCUACAUCA